ACUAACCUUCUCUUCUCUUCUCUUCUCUUUCUCAUUCUCCUUUUUUUUAUUAAUUGUUUUUUCUCUUCUUUUUAGGCUCUCUUUCUCGCCCAAAAAAUUUGCUCACAGAGGAAGAAUGGCUCUUUACAUUUCCCUCUCUGUGUUAUUUCUCAUUCUUCAUUGUCCCCUCUUAGCCUUCUCAACCAACUCCGAAGGAAAUGCUCUGCAUGCUUUGAGAAGCAGGCUUUAUGACCCCAACAACGUGCUGCAGAGCUGGGACCCAACCCUGGUUAAUUCCUGUACUUGGUUCCACGUUACCUGUGACUCCAACAAUCAUGUGAUUCGCUUGGACUUGGGCAAUUCUGACAUUUCUGGAACUUUGGGCCCAGAACUUGCCCAGCUACCCCACCUCCAAUACCUGGAGCUCUAUAAUAAUAACAUAAGUGGGGAGAUCCCUGAGGAGCUUGGAAACUUGAAGAACAUUAUUAGUAUGGAUUUGUACGGUAACAAAUUGGAAGGAAAAAUCCCAAAGUCAUUUGGCAAGUUGAAGUCACUUAAAUUCCUACGGCUAAACAACAACAAGCUGACUGGAUCAAUCCCAAGAGAGCUCACUCAUCUUAAAAAUCUCAAAAUCUUCGAUGUUUCUAACAACGACCUCUGUGGAACAAUACCAGUAGAUGGCAACUUCGGAUCUUUCCCACUGGAGAGUUUUGAAAAUAACAGACUCAACGGUCCAGAGCUGAAAGGACUGGUGCCUUAUGAUUUUGGAUGCUGAAGAAAGCUAGAACUCACCUAUCCUCCUCAGACUGCAUUGAAGAGGCUUUCUAUACUCGGGCAGUAAGCAGUAUCAGAAAUGUAUGCUUGCCACAAAAUGAAUCUAAAUAUGUCACACUUGUAUGUCGAUAUCUCUAAUAAAUAAGAUGAUAUUAGCAUCUGCCUCUGGUUGCAGACAGCAUAGCGAGUUUCUGACUAGGAUGAUGUUAAGUAAACAUGUUUCAUAGGUAUAUAUAUAUUUAAAAAAAAAAACUUGCUUAUUGUACCACAUAAAGUAAAAGACUUAAAUAGUUUAUUUUCAAUCCCUCAAGGGGCGUUUGGUUG